GGCGUAAUCAGCUGCUGUAGUGUACCUUGACCCAUCGAGGGCUGAAAUCCAUCAACUUGUCCUUCCUCAAUGCUUUUCAGGAGGCCACACAGCCGAGUGCCGCCAAUGCCUGAGCUCAAGAUGCCUCCAUCGCACCAGGACCAGCAGCAGCGGCCAGCAGUGCACGGAAAGGCAGGCAAUGGCUCCAUCAGCGGACCGCGCAACUCCCUCUUCCCGGCAGAUGCGAUUGCUGACAUCAGCCCAUCGUCGUUCGGCAACCUGAACCACAGCAACAACGAGGCGACGACGACGGCCAGCCCUCGUCACGCUGACGCUGCAAUGGGCGCUGAGCUCUUCUUCCUCGACACAGAAGCGACUGACAACAACUACGAAAAGGAGAGAGAGGUGCCGUGGUGGGAGCGUCGCGACGCGCGGGAUGGUGUGAUCUACGACGAUCAGUGGUCGCGUGAGGAGGAGAGUGCGCUGCGCGAGGAGCUGUGGAGCGUCAACAAGUGGGAGGGGGGGAUGCGGGAGGGAAACCGCUAUUGGGGGGAGAGCAGCAGCAGCAAGGGCGGCCAGAAGAAGAUGGAGGUGGUCCGGCAGUAUGCCCGGCUGGCGGGGGCAUUCUGCGUCUACUGCGGAGGGCUGCAUGACGACAGCAGAUGGUGAGAGGAGAAGGACAGCACAGCUGGGUGAACGAACAAUGGGGGGGGGGCUUCACUUGUCGGGCAUCGAUCUGUAUGUGUGUCAGUGGUAAGAGAUGGCGCCGUUGCGGUGCGUGUUAUGGGCCUGCGCAUCCCUCUCCUGAGGAGUGUCCGCUGCACCGAGGAGGCGCCUUCUGCCGUCGCUGCAACAGCACCACACAUGGCACACACUGCCCCCUCAUAGUCACAUACGACCCGCCACUCGACACACAAUCUGCCGGUGAGAUGAUUGGAUGGAUGCGUGGACACUUGUUCAUGCUGACUCUCUCUCUCUCUCUCUCUGUGUGUGUGUGUGUGUGUGUGUCCAGAUGGUGACUCCCCGCUGCACGCCGACUUAACCUGCCUCGUGUGUGGCGCCAAGGGCCACAUCGUCUGCGGCAACACCACCACCACCGCCACCGCCACAGCCAGCAGCAGGGACAGGGACAGCAGACGCCAGCUGGUGUGGUGCUGCUCGUGUGGAGAUGACGGCCACACGAGCGCCGAGUGCUCCCACACCAUGACAUACGAGGAAUCUGUCCGUGAGAGAGAGCGGCGCGAGAGGGAGAGGCGCGACAACUACAGACAGAGACCAGCAUACAACGAUGACUACGACCGCCCCUGGCACCGCCCGAGACGCCGCUGGCGUGACGAUGAGAGCGUCAGUGAGGAUGAUGACUCUCAAGACGACCAUCGCUAUCGCAGCCGCGGCAAGAGAAGCCGGCGGGAGAGCAUAUGGAUGGAGGAUGGGUGGGAUGGCCGAGAGCAGCAGUGGUGGCGGCACUCACGCAGCAGCAGGUGGGGGUCGUCACGGAGAAGGAGCCGCAGCAGAAGCCGCAAUCGCAGCCGGCGGCGAUUCGAUAUGGGAUACUAGAUGUUUGUCUGUGUGGGUGUGUGGGUGCUUGUACAGCUGUGAUGCAUGGAUGUGUAAUAUUAAAAAAAAAUUAAAAAAAAAUUGAUGCAUGGAUGGAGGCAAGCGCGAGGGAGAUAUCUAUGUAGCGGAUUGAGAGCGUUUUGCUGCUUUGAUGGAUGGACAGACAACGGGUGACUUCGCGCACGGCACAUCACAUGCAUACUAGAAAACAUGCAUGGCAAGCAACAUUUCUCGGUCGACCAA